AUGGCGAAAAGAUUAAGAAAAGUAAUUCCCUAUGGUGAGAGCCUUCGCCUUAUUCCAUGUAUCGAUAAUCAAGGCUGGUCAACACUGGAAGAGAGUAUUAAAGCCCGCAAAUUUCAAGGACGACGGGAUCAUGCUCCUAACCCCUUAGUUAUCGAAUUCAAUUCGGAAUUUAAAGGGAUAAAUUUUCCACAAAGACUUACUAAGAUAUGUCUCUCACCGCCAGGCUUUGAUUCAGGAUUGGACUGUUUUGGUAACCCGAGUACGCUGGUUGAGGCUGGCAAAGGUGAGUUGGACGACCUUUACGGGGCCGAUUUGUACGAAACUCGAUCAGACAGAGAAGCAGAAUUGUCCGGGUUUACUUCCCGGCCAUGCUUCCCAGAAGCAAAAGAGUUCCUUGCCGGUCUUGACGAUAUGGAAUCUGCGUUGUUAGAUGUUGGGUUUGAUUCGAAAACAAUCCCAGCCUCUAUAAAAGAUGAAGAUAGAGAUUAUGUACGACGGCACGGCGACUUUGAAGAUUGGAUUGAGGAGGCGGACUUCGUAGAAGCCAACGCGAGCGUGCCAGAAGGGACAUGGUACUACAGUGUCUCUAUACCUUAGGUACUUAGUCACACCACGGAGGAAGAUAUAUAAACUAACCCAUGGUUUG